GAGCGGACUAGCGACUGCAGCGGAGAGCGGAACAUUGUCAGUGAGGUUCGACAUGCCGUUGGUGUCGCAACGGAACGGAGCGGUUCUUUAACGUAGUGUACCGGUUUUGAGACCGCGGCUGAUCAAAACUAACUGGCGCCUCUCGUUCCUCAUUUCCGUUUCAUUAUCCCCGUUCCCUCGACCACAUUGGUGCGCUCGUUGCUUACCAACAGUACAUAUUUAUUAUUAUAUACUGUUCCAUCAGACUGUGUAUGCGUGUACGUUUAUAUUUUAAAAAAUAAUACACACUUGACACGUUAACGCGGUGCAUAUUUUAUGCUUCGUUGUGGCGAAUGAAAAGUUUAAUUCUACAGAGACACGGAUGUACAUUAUUAUAAGAGAACUAGGUUUUUUUUCUUAUCUGUGCGGCGAGUGAGAAAUCUGUUGAAAGGACCGCAAUCGUGGCAUCUCCGGUGGCGAGGUAACAGAGGAAGAGUGAGAGAGGGAGGGAGCGAAAAGUAGUGUCUGCAUCUCUCGCUGGUCGUCGUUGCAGUUGCAGCACGAUAAACGGGGAACGAGGUGAGCGUAAAGAUAAAUAAAAUAUUCAACGAUACUGUGAAAUUAAAAAAAAAAAUAGAGGCAGCGAAAAAAAACAGUGACGGCGACGUGCGAGGAGAUACAAACGCGUGAAAGACGGUGCUUUAUUGCAACUCCCCCGUUCUUUCGAAAUAUGGCGUGUGAUGGGUGCGCGUUGUACACUAUGCUGGCCAAUAGAUUUUACGGGUUUCAUCUGCUGAUCUUCGUCCAGUUGGCCUUCCUUUUACUCGGAUCCUCGGUGGUCAGCGCCGAAUCUGAUUUAUCGUACUACAAAUAUGAUGCUUUGUCGUGGAACUCACCGAGAGAGAAAACGAGUUCGUAUCUCCGUAGUGAAGACUCGGAGGAUGAGCUACUGGCGAGGCGACGACGUUACGCGGGGCUAGAGGUACGUCGGGAAUCAAAAACUGAAGAACCGGUGAUCAAAACUGGAACCAAUUCCUCUGCCAAUGUGACGUACUCGACCGACAAAUUGACGACGCUUUCCGGGACCACGAAUUCGAACGUCGAAGGCGGCAGGAGCAGCGUCACCGAAACCACCGACCUCGCCACUCCCAAUGCCGAAAUGACCAACAAAUCGAACAAAAACACAACCAUCAUUGUUUCCAACCCUAUGAAUCCGACCAACGAUCACCAGAUUCACAUUUGGGCGAAUCAAACUCGGUGGAACAACGCCACGCAGAGAAGCGCAUCCAACGCGGAGUCUACGACGGUAUCGUCGAGCAACAGCCCAGACACAUCCCACAAAGAAAUCGAAGGAGCAACGGCGGCGACGACGACUACGGCGGACGGUAAAAGCGACAAAAAAAUGAACAAUUCAACGAGCAACAAAACCGUUGCGGGACAAUCAACAAAUUCGACCGAUGGAGAGCUCGGGGAUAUAACGAUUACUAAAUUUUCCGACGUAACGAACAACACUCUGGCGCAGAAUAAUAUCACCAAGACCGAAGAAGACACGCAUCAGUAUUACAACAGUACCUUCUUCAGCGACGAGAACAUUGCGAAAAUGUACUGGGUCGAUAUAGAUAAUCAUCCCGAUCGUCAAGUCAACGAUUUGCUCAGUAAAAGUCACAGGAGAGCGGCUACGGUGAAACUGAAAUUCGACUUUCCGUUCUACGGUCACAAAGUUCGCAACAUCACGAUCGCAACCGGAGGAUUUUUGUACACCGGAGAGUACGUACACAGUUGGCUCGCAGCCACACAGUACAUUGCUCCUCUGAUGGCCAAUUUUGACACCCGUAUAUCAAACGACAGCUGGGUCAAAUACGCUGACAACGGUACGGCUUUCACGGUCGAGUGGGAAAGGGUCGUGCUUCAGGACCGUCCGAAAGCCGGAGGUUUCACUUUCCAGGCAACUCUCCAUGAGAAUGGCAACAUCGUUUUUGUCUAUUCCAAAAUUCCACUGACCGUCGAAGCGAUCGAAGAUACCGCUCACCCUGUUAAAGUUGGCCUCAGCGACGCCUACAUCAUGGAUCGUACCAUAUUCUUCGUUCGAAGAAAAACCAUCUACGAAUAUCAUCGCGUCAAUUUCAACCGUCAAGAAAUACGGAAUUGGACGGUCAUUUACCUAAGAGCUCUGCCUACGUGUCUCGAAAUGGACAACUGCAACGAUUGUUUGACCAAAGUGCCGGAAUUCGAAUGCAAAUGGUGUCCGGACCUGCAGCAAUGCAGUACCGGUACCUUCAGACAUCGUCAAGAUUGGCUGGAGAAGGGAUGUGAACGAAGGAACAUUAAAGAGAAAAACAGUUGCCCGACGACUCAACGACCGUACAGUAUAGAUCAUUCGGACAGUCAUGAUCAUCCGGGCCAUGUUCACAGUGAUGACUCUUCGUCGGUCGCUAUUGAUCAAAAUAGUAACGGAGCCGCUGCUGCUACCGCCGCUGCCGAUCCGAAUAUUCUUCAACACACGGCUAGUCACAUGAACAUGGGAGUCUCCGGGAUCAUCGGAAUACUCAUGGUUGUUUCGUUGAUGGCCGGUUUAGCGGCUUGGGCCGGAUACGCUUAUCGCAAUCCUCACAGCGCUUCGGGACAGAUGUUGAUCAGGUACCGACCGAGUCAGUGGAGUUGGCGACGGGGCGAAGCACGAUACACAGCUGCGACGAUUCACAUGUGAUCAUCAAAUCUUACACCGAUUAUCUCAUAUUUGGCUGUAACAGAGUCAAUCGUUUCGAUAUUGAAACUUUGUGCGAACCCUGACUUUGACGGACUAUUUUUGCGGCUUUUUUUUAUCUUUUUUUUUUGUCAAAUGUAAAAUUGUUAGCUUGGUCGGGUCGAUCGAGUUCGAAGAGAUGUGCCUUACCGUAGUAGCAGAAAAGGCGCGAGUCACUCGGUUCAGCAGCAGAAUGAGGGAAUGAAUACGGGCUAUUUUUAUUAUAUAUGGUAUACCCGACAAACAACACUCCAAUGCGGCGCGAAUAUCCAUCGGGUGUGGGAUCGAAUCCGAUUCGCCGCACGCCGGACCAGCGUGCGUUAAUACCAAAUCGAAACGAUGCUCAUACGUUUGUUAGCGGGAGGGGGGUGAUUUGAAAAGCACAACGAAGUUGAUUCGUUUGAACGAUUGGUACUAUCGCCUUGCUGAUCUUGGACUCGUUGAUUUUCGCGCGAAAAUGACAAGUUCGCUAUUUCGAGACGGGUAAAAUAUGGUCCUCGCGGCCAGCGGCGUCACUGCGAAAUACCGUUGCCGUGCUGAAAAUGUAAAUUUAUUAAUUUGGAAAAAGAAACCUGCAAAUUCGACCGUUCAGGAGCGAAGUGUAUGUGCCUCUGUUGGGCGAUUUGUAUCAUGUUGGUCAUCAUCGUUCAGGACAAUCCAAGCGAUCGCACCAAUGCCGUCGGUAAAAAUAAUUGUCACGUGAUUUUCUGCAGGAUUUUGUUAUGUACUUUGUUAUUUUUUGAAAAAUUCUAAAUUUACCUAAAACGUGUAAAAAAAAAAAUGCGAAUGCUUGUUAUACAAUAGAAUUGAAAUAUUAGCAGUGGCUAAAAAAAGGCAGUUUCAAAAGUGACAAGGAAGGGAGAGGCGAAAGAGAAAGAGACCUUGUGAGCGUUCGUGUGUUUUACACGUCCCCGCGUACGUGCAAUCGCUUCGAGAAACACAAACACUCUGUUUUCGUGUCUUUUUCCGCACUUUAUAUCAAUUAUUUGAAUAUGAUAAUGCGCUAUUAGAUAUUUUCACUGGACCACUGAGGCGCGCGAUGCAAAGACGUGUUUGGGAGACACUAAAAACACUGAUUGCUAUACAGUACCGAACCAGAUGAAACACUACAAAUUUAAUAAAUAAUGUACAUAUUAGUUUGGUAAUGCAAUAUAUAAUUUUUAUGUUACUUUAAGCGAAUCUAUUUUCAAAAGGUGCCUUCAACCAAACAAAAAAAAUUUCGAUCUAUAUAUGUAUAUAUACAUAUAUAUUAUUAUAUUAUAUAUAUACACAAAUGUGAACGUAAAUCAAUGCGUAUAUUCGUUUGAUAUUAAGCGUAAUAAUGCGAACCAAUAUGAAAAUUAUACAAUAUUACAGUACAUUUUACACCGAAUCACUUAUACACGCGAGCGGAAUACGAAUGAUUAUUGUAAACGAUAUUAUAUUAAUAUUAAUGGGCGGCGGGCACGAUGUCAAAUGUAAACGUGUGAGAAAAAAGGCGGUACUAUUUUAUAUCAUUACGUCGAAAUUCGUGGAUUUUUAUUAUCCGCUGUUGUGGAUCUUCGCGAACGAGAUACGUGCAAUUUUGGCAGAAAAUUAUAUAUUCAUCAAUGGCAUCGUUGUCUCGUACAAAUUCUUUAUACAAAAGCUUUACAAAAGUUGAAACGUGUUUUUAAAAUAAAUUUGACUCGUCGUUGUCUGGGAAUUGAACCAAUUUUAAUGUCGCAUGCGUAAAUUUAUUCCGACAACUCAUGCAAGUCACACAUUAAAACUUGGAUGAACUUCUAUAAUAAUACUGUGUACGAUUGAUUUCAUAGUUUGUGAUAAUAAACAUUUCAAUUAAAUAAG